GACACAUCUGUUCAUGGAAAGAGGGAGUUGGAGAAAGGAGAGACAGCAAAGAGCAGAGCAGAGGCACCAGCGAAGGGAUAAGAGUACGAUCAAUUUCGUUUUGAGGACUGCUACAUUAAGCCCAAACAUGAGGAUGUCAAGACAGUCUCUGAACUGAGGAAACCUCUGUUGAUCCCUGUGCUGGACAUUUGCUUUGCGUCAAACCAUUACACAUCUGUUUAGGAGAGACUAUGUCUGCGGAAUGAGGGUUCACUUGUGGAGUGUCCUCGUUCUGUGUGUGUGUGAGCCUGCGUGUGCCCAGUCCCCCCCCACCACCCCAUCCAGAGGAACCCCCCUCCCAUCCACCACCCCGACUGAGGACGAGAGCGCCCAGUUAGUGGAUUGGCUAUCAAAGUAUGGGUACCUCCCACCACCAGAUGCCUCUACUGGUCAGCUGCAGACCUGGUCCGCUGUCACUCAGGCUGUGAAGGCCAUGCAGAAGUUUGCUGGUCUAGAGGAGACAGGGAUUGCUGAUGAUGAGACUCUUCGCCUGAUGCAGACCCCUCGGUGCUCCCUUCCUGAUGAAGACAGGGCAGCCAAUCAGCCGUCGGGAAUACAUGAUAAGGGGCGUAACCACAGGAUUAAAAGGGCAGCGGCCUCCUGGGCACGGCGUAAUAUCAACUGGUGGUUGAGUUCCUACCCCAGGUCCUCAGGUCUGUCCCGUGAAACAGUCCGCUCCCUGGUGUUCUAUGCCCUAAGGGUUUGGGCUGAGCCAACCAGCUUGGAGUUCCAUGAGGUGGGAGGUCCUGAAGUGGCAGAUCUUCAGGUGGACUUCCUUCAUGGUCCCCAUGGCGACGGGUACCCUUUUGAUGGGACAGGGGGUGCUGUGGGGCACGCCUUUUAUCCAUCUGACCCCAACAGGGCUGGAGGAGUCCAUCUGGACGCGGAGGAAGAGUGGGCUUUUAGACAGCCAGCUUCAGAAGGCACAGACCUCUUUACCGUGCUGAUUCAUGAACUGGGCCAUGCAUUGGGACUGUCCCACUCCUCUGCGCGUCGCUCUGUCAUGAGGCCCUACUACCAGGGGCCCCUUGGGGACCCACUACACUUCAAACUGGGGGCCCCAGACCUGGAGCAGAUUACCGCCCUCUACGGGAAGAGGAGUAAUGAACUCCCACCAGACAGCACCAGUCAGGCAAGGGCGCCUCUACUGAGGCAUCCGAACAAACACACGCAUGGACACACACACCACCACACACAUGGACACUGGCACAGUCACAGCCAUGACAUUGAUCGCUGUAACACUAGUUUUGAUGCGGUGGCAAAGAUUCGAGGAGAAAUAUUUUUCUUCAAAGGGUUGAGCAUGUGGAGGGUGAGUCGCGGGGGUCUGGUGUCCGGGAGGGCUGUGUCAGUGAGGAGACUGUGGGGGGCUCUCCCUCCCACCCUCACCUCUGUCAACGCCGUACUGGAGAGACAUUCAGACCACGCCAUCCUUUUCAUUAGUGACUCACAGGUCUGGCUGUUCAAAGAGCUCUCCCUGCAGGAAGGCUAUCCCCGGCCUGUGUCCAAUCUCACUUCAUCAGGGGGGGCCUCCGCCGGGGGGCAGGGGCUGCUGUGGCACCCCGAGGAAGGAGCUGUGUGGGGGGCCGUCCCAGGGGAAACAGAACAGGAAACAGGACGAGGAGGAGGAGAGAAGAAGGAGAGUGAGAUAUGGACAGAGCUAAUCAGAGGAGGGGUGAAUGGAAUCAUCACAGAGGAUGAUGGAUCAACAUACCUCUUCAAAGGAAACUCCUACUGGAAGUUCACCCACCCAGCCUCUGCCCCUGAAGCGGGCUAUCCACGCUCUCUGGCCACUGAUUGGCUGGACUGCCCUGCCUCGUUCUCUCACAACCAGGACGACCUCUCCCUGACCCUGCCCGGCGACCGCCAAGAGUUCCGCGAACAACAGGGGGAGAGCGGGGCCUCGGAGGACGACAGGGACAGCGCCGAUCAGAUCAGGCUGAGAGGCAGACACAGACACAUGGGCGGGCACACCGACAGUGACUUAACCAGAGACAGUCCUCUCUACUGGACCUGUCCUUGCCUGAGCAGGGCACCAGGGGGCAGUACACUGCAAGUAACCAGCCAGGGCCUCGUCUGGCUGCUCUGUAUCUUCACUCUGGCUCAGUGAUGGCCGACCUUUCUGUAGACAUGGGAAAGUGAUGACUGGUCUCCCUCUGAUUUUUCCACACACACGACAUGCUUCCAGUAAAACUUUUUAUGUUUCGUAUUGGAUCAUGUCUUCCAUAAUUGGAUUUUAAUUUUAAUGUAUUACUAAUCUAAUUGUGAUUGUAGAUUAUUGUGAACAUGGAACCCCCCACCCAACCAUCUGAGCCAUCAAAUAGCCCUAUUUUUCCAGUUCAUCUUAGUAUAUAUUUAUCAGUAAGACAAGUAUGUACAUUAAACAAAUGCAAAUGCAUCAUGUAAAUAAAGUUAAAUUAUUAUCUCUCUUAAUACUAAUGUAGGGU